UUCAGUGACUGACGUCAGGAGAAGCGGAGAGGAGCAGCGGCAGCGCGCGCAGACAGAUAUCGCUAAAGUCGACACACAACCUGCACUGGUGCGCUUCACUGACCAGUGACCAACUAAAUCUCGCUGCAUCUUUCAGAACUUCUUCACCAUAAACAAUACAUCGGAACAAAAACGGAACGACACCAGAGAGGCUCCACACAGACAGUGCGAUGAACCACAACAAGACUGUUAACCAUAAUGUCAGUCCGCCAGCUUCAAACAGCGGCUCCGGGAGCAGCGUGGACGAGCUGGUUAUCACCUCCACUUUCGGGACCUUGUUGUCGGUCGUCUACAUAGUCGGCGUGUCGGGGAAUGUGUACACUCUAGUAGUGAUGUGUCAUUCUAUCCGCUUCGCCACCUCCAUGUACAUCUCCAUUAUUAACCUAGCGCUAGCGGACCUCUUGUACCUCUCCACAAUCCCGUUCGUGGUGUGCACCUACUUCCUCAAGGACUGGUACUUCGGAGAUGUGGGCUGCCGCAUCCUCCUCAGCCUGGACCUGCUCACCAUGCACGCCAGCAUAUUUACCCUCACUGUGAUGUGCACGGAGCGCUACCUGGCCGUCACCAAGCCCCUUGACACGGUACGGCGCUCCAAGAGCUACCGCAAAGCCCUGGCCUGGGGGGUAUGGCUGCUCUCCCUGGUCCUCACCUUACCCAUGAUGGUCAUGGUCACAGAGACCACCAAGAGCGCGCCCAACGGGGGGGUGAAGAGGAUGUGCGCGCCCACCUGGGCGCCCCGGGCGUAUAAGAUCUACCUGACCGUUUUGUUUGGCACGAGCAUCAUGGCACCUGGGUUGAUUAUCGGCUAUUUGUAUACGAAGUUAGCCCGGACUUAUUUAGAGUCCCAGAAGAACUCGGUCAUCAACAAAAGGAACAAGCGCUCCCCGAAGCAGAAAGUCUUGGUAAUGAUUUUCACUAUAGUUCUGGUGUUCUGGGCGUGUUUCCUGCCAUUCUGGAUAUGGCAACUGUUCCCGUUGUACCAGCACAAACCGUUAGGCCUGGCAUCUCACACACACACCUGUAUUAACUACCUGGUGGCCUGUCUCACAUACAGCAACAGCUGCAUUAACCCCUUCCUCUACACCCUCCUCACCAAGAACUACAGGGAGUACCUGAAGAACAGACACAAGAGCUUCUACCGCUACACCUCGUCUUUUAAGCAGCGCACUCCCAGCUUGUAUUCCUGCGGGAAGUCGGCAUCCUCCUCGAAUCAGUUUGAGUUUAACUCGGAGACGCUGGUGAUGGGGACUCUGCAGGGACAGUGAGCCCGUGCAAAGAGAGAGUGAUUUUGGAACUGCAACAGGUAACAGGAGUCCUCCAGGCAACACUGUCACACAGAGGUAAUGGGCAUGGCGGGGUCUGAAAUGGCGUGGGCGGGGUCACAGGUGAAGGAGACUGUGAUGGCGUAGCGCGUUCCCCACGAGACCUGCUCUACGCGGUGAAGGUUUUCCGACCCUGAGGAAAAGAACGAUACUCGCCCUGGAAGAGAAGAGAAAGAGGGGUCAGAAAAGAGAUGGGUUAACGUCUCUCUGACCCUGGAGAGGGAGAGAGGAAGGGAGGUUAGGGAUGAGGGAUAAGAGGGGAUCGAUAUGGGGUGGUGAUCAUCACACCUUGGAGGGAGAUAAGAGAAGAUUGGGGGUUAAACAGAGGGAGAGCACAGAGAAUGUACAAGUGUUCAAAUAUCGGUGUUGAGGUAAAAAGUGUUGAGUGUUAUAUCUGAGUGUUGAUUCUAGUGGGGUUAACACCAGUGGGAUUGAAACUGACGCUAUCUGCAGUGUUAUUUGAAUCACAGUGGAAUCAACACUGUGUUGUUGUUACUCAACUGUGUGGAGUUAGUUUCCGUUAACUCUGAGUGCUUUGUUUGUUGCUGGUGGAUUUUCAGAAUAGAUUGUUUUAACAUCUAUGUUUCUGCAUGAACAUUGAUUGAUUAAUUGAUCUUAUGCUAUACAAAGAUAAAUAACGGAAAUUGUUCUAAACUUA